UUCCCGGAGUCGCGCCGCAGCCGGCGGCUUCAGAGGCGGCAGGGAGAGAGCGGGCGCGGACGAGGCCCGCGCUCCGGAGGAAGCCGCGCGCGCCCGGAGGCCUCAGACCCCGCGUCCCGCGCUCUGUGGCACCAUGGCCCCGAAACUGCUGCUGCUGCUGUGCCUGUUCUCGGGUUUGCAUGCGCGGUCCAGAAAGGUAGAAGAAGAUGAAUAUGAAGAUUCGUCUUCAAACCAAAAGUGGGUCUUGGCUCCAAAAUCUCAAGACACUGAUGUGACUCUUAUUCUCAACAAGCUGCUAAGAGAAUAUGACAAGAAGCUGAGACCAGACAUCGGAAUAAAACCAACUGUAAUCGACGUUGAUAUCUAUGUGAACAGCAUUGGUCCCGUGUCAUCAAUAAACAUGGAAUACCAAAUUGAUAUAUUUUUUGCUCAGACAUGGACGGACAGCCGCCUUCGAUUCAACAGCACGAUGAAGAUACUUACUCUCAACAGUAACAUGGUGGGGCUGAUAUGGAUUCCUGACACAAUCUUCCGAAAUUCUAAAACUGCUGAGGCUCACUGGAUCACUACCCCCAAUCAGCUCCUCAGAAUUUGGAAUGAUGGGAAAAUCCUUUAUACUCUAAGGCUCACCAUCAAUGCAGAGUGCCAGCUGCAGCUGCACAACUUCCCCAUGGAUGAACACUCCUGCCCGCUGAUUUUCUCCAGCUAUGGUUACCCUAAAGAAGAAAUGAUCUAUAGAUGGAGAAAAAAUUCAGUUGAGGCAGCAGAUCAGAAAUCAUGGCGCCUAUACCAAUUUGAUUUUAUGGGCCUCAGAAAUACUACAGAAAUCGUGACAACUUCUGCAGGUGAUUAUGUUGUCAUGACUAUAUAUUUUGAAUUGAGUAGAAGAAUGGGGUACUUUACUAUUCAAACGUACAUCCCCUGUAUACUGACUGUGGUUUUAUCAUGGGUGUCAUUUUGGAUAAAAAAGGAUGCUACACCAGCAAGAACAGCAUUAGGCAUCACCACGGUGCUCACCAUGACUACACUCAGCACCAUUGCCAGGAAGUCAUUGCCUCGGGUGUCCUACGUGACUGCCAUGGACCUUUUCGUGACUGUGUGCUUCUUAUUUGUCUUUGCUGCUCUGAUGGAGUAUGCUGCCCUCAAUUACUAUUCAAGCUGUAAAAAACCACCCACCACUAAGAAGAAAACAUCGUUGCUGCAUUCAAACUCAAGAUGGAUUCAUGAACAAAUAAGCCUACAAACCCCCUCUAACUAUUCUCUCCUUGAUAUGAGACCUCCACCACCUGCGAUGCUCACUUUAAGUAAUUCAGUCUACUGGCAGGAACUCGAAGACACCUGUGUCUAUGAGUGUCUGGAUGGCAAGGACUGUCAGAGCUUCUUCUGCUGUUACGAAGAAUGCAAAUCGGGGUCUUGGCGAAAGGGGCGUAUUCACAUAGACAUCUUGGAGCUGGACUCGUAUUCUCGGGUCUUCUUUCCUACAUCCUUCUUGCUCUUUAACUUGGUCUAUUGGGUUGGCUACUUGUAUCUCUAAAUGUUGUUUGUGUUGAUGAGUAAAGCGAUCAAGCUUCCUCUCUUUACUCUUCCACUCUCCCCAGACCAGUAGUAGCCAGUCAGAGUAGCCAGGAAGGACGCUGCUCAGUUUAUCUGAAUUUAUUCAUUACCUUUCAGUAUCACAGCACUAUGUGGCAAAUAUUUCUAUUAUGUAUCUCACACGUGUGUAUACACCCAAGUUAAUUGAGUCAAUUAAGUGAUAUUCUUGCUAAUUCCAUACUGAAUCUGUAGUUUGGUGAUGUUUAUCAACAGUGUUUUGGAUAUCGAAAGUAGCUGCUGAUUACCCCUACAAGGAAAUCUGUAAAACCUGCAAGUAAAUUUUUUCAGGCUCAAACCCCUUAUGUAUCUUUCCUCUGCAGCCCUCAGCACCAAUUCCCAUGUGUGCAGAGCAUCUGCUGACCAAGAAACACUCAUACUGACCUCAGUCAGCCCCAUACCUUGGGGCAGCCUGAGUUCAGGUGUGAACUGAAGUGAGUUUCAAUCCAAUCUUCUCUCUCUGUGGCCUCUUUUGCUCUCUCUGCCACCAUCAUUUUUAGCUUGCUUUCUGUUAUCUAAUACUCUCACCCCAGACUUGAGGAGAGAGAGAGAGA